CCUACCUAGCCAGAACUCCAAAGGGAGCACUGAGGCUGCCAGCAUGUUUGCAAGGUUGUUUGGGCACAGGCCUCUAGCCACACUGCGGAAAACAGGUGCUUUCUGUAGGAGCCAUGGCACCAGAAUGACACUGGCGAGGACAACCCCUUUGCCCGAAACGGAGGGCUCAGUGAAGAGUAGGCUGGCAUCUCCUAGAACUUUUUCAGGUCACAGAGCAUUCAGAAAUGAAAGAAGACCAACCAAGUUUGACAAAAAGGUACUGCUGUGGUUGGGACGGUUCAAAAAAGAAGAAGACAUCCCACACCUCUUGUCAGUUGAAGUCCUCAAGGCUGCUCAGAGCCAGCUGAGGAUCCGAAUCUGCUACAUCAUGAUUGCAUUGACUCUGCUAGGAUGCAUGGCCAUGAUCACCUCUGGUAAAAUGGCUGUCAAAAGAGAAGACACGCUGCUGAAGAUAAACGCAGAGAAGAAAGCUAAGUGGAGAGCGGAAGGACAGGUGGAAAAGGAAGCAAUGGCCCGAAAAUCUGAGCAACCAUGAAAGGGAUAAUCCCAAAGGAUGACCAGUGGUCCAUACAGAGAGCGCCAUCAGGCAGAUGCUCCUCUAAGACUUGGGUCUCUACUUUAUACCUGAUAGGAAAACAAUCAUUUCCUUUUUAUUGUAACUGUAGACAGCCUAAUGGAAUCCAGAGGGGAACCAAUCUCAAGACUUCAGUAUUUAAUUCUGCCCAUAGACUGUGACCAUUUAAAAUACUUCCAUCUUUCAGACCUGAGUUGGACAGUGGAGAACGUCUGGACUCAGCUGAGCAUUUCUGACUAGAGGACAACCAUCACCUGUGACCAAAUCUCUCUCUGUACACCAGCCUUUCUGAACCUGGUGCCAUCCAGAGGCUGCUGGACUGCAGUGCUGGACACAAUUGGCUGGGGCUGGUGGAAGCUGGAAAUCCAAACCAUUGAGGAAGGCUGGCCUUUGCCAAACUGUUAUAUGC